AUGGUGCGUAAAGAUGCUUGCAAAAAGAACUUAGCAAAUGCAGUUCGUGGCCAUGAGGAUUGCAAACAUGUAGGAAAAGACAACGCAGGAGAUUUUGCAGAAAUGAAAGCCUGUCCAUGGGGUAAUCUUAACGGGGACAUGGUGGAGUCUAUAGCGAACUCUCUUCAUCGACUGGAUUACAUUCAUCUUCGUUCAGUAUGCAAAGCAUAUCGAGCGCUAUUGCCAACUGCAAUGUUUACAUCUAAUACAAGAGGCACACACUUAUCUCCAUGGCUGAUGUUUAGUAGAGAUCACAAUAGCACCACUUUCAAUUCUUUAAACCCCAUGCACAACAACGAGAACUACCUCUUAAACCACUCUGAUCUCAUGCGAACUGUAAUCCGUUUUCAAAAGGGAGGUUGGUUACUGGUGUCUAAGGAAAAGAUGGAGCAUUGUUUAUUCUUUUCCAAUCCUUUUACAAGAGAGACUAUCAAACUCCCAGAAUUACCAGUUGAUUUCACCUUCUCCAGUGUCUCAUUCUCUUCCUUACCUACAUCACCAGACUGCGUAGUUGUCUCCAUUGAGCUACAAAGCUACGACGAUGACCAAGUCGUCUGUCUCUACUUCAUCAGAAAGGGGGGAGAAUUUUGGAGUUCUCGCAACUUUGGCGGUUCUGAUAUUGAAAACUACAUGCCGUCACAUAACACUCCAGCUUUCUACAAGGGGAGAUUCUAUUUUGAAGAUUAUAACGGAAGUUUAGGUGUAUUUAACAUAAAGAAUAAUAGUUGGAAAGUUCUUGAGGAACCCUAUCAGCCAUUCAGUGACAUUUAUCCAAGUUUCUUGGUUGAGUGUGAUGGAAAGCUUUUACUAGUAAAACUGGGACGUCAUGGAACGCUGCUUGGGAUUUACAGAUUUGAGAGGUAUUGUGUUAAGGUUAAAAAUUUGGUAAAGCAUAUGUUAUUCGUCAGCCACAUCUCAUGUUUCUCGGCAAUUGCUCCGAAUAGUCACAUGGCGAACAAAGUCUACUUUCUUAGAUUAUGUAUGAACGGGGAAGGAGUGUUAUUCUACUGUCUUGAAACAGGUAGUUAUCGGUCUUUUAAAAGUCGACAUUCUGCCUCAAAUUUUACUGACACAGAGGGAUGGUACUCAAACUGCACUUGGAUUGAACCAAACUGGUCGAAGUCCACUGCUCAAGAGCUUGAAUGGGUUAACUCAACCUCCUAG